GACCAGCUUGCGCCAGGACGCGCGUCAAAUAGCCUAAGCGCACGGACAGGUUUAUUCAAAAACAACCUUUUGAACUUCAUCCAGGACAUUUUGUUGAGUAUUGUCCACUUGGCGAGGAUGGAAAACUGAUGGCCUUUCUCAAGUUGGAGGCUAGCUGUUCACUCUGACGGUGCAGGAUGAAAAAAUGGCACAGCUGCUUGUACCGCCAGGUCCAGACAGCUUCCGCCCCUUCACCCGCGAAUCCCUCGAAGCCAUUGAGGGAAGGAUUGCGGAGGAGAAAGCCAAGAAGCCCAAGGGCGAAAAGAGAAAACGCAAAGAUGACAACGGGCUCAAGGCCAGCGGCGACCUGGAGGCCGGCAAAUGUCUCCCUAUUCUGUAUCGGGACAUUCCUAAAGGCAUGGUGUCGACUCCACUGGAGGACCUGGAUCCAUACUACGCUAAUCAGAGAACCUUCAUAGUAUUAAACAGAGGAAAGAAAAUCUACCGCUUAAACGCCGCACCUGCCUUGUACCUCCUGAGCCCUUUCAACCUUCUAAGAAGAAUAUCAAUCAAGAUCUUGGUACACUCAUUGUUCAACGUGAUGAUCAUGUGCACCAUCAUCACCAACUGUGUAUUUAUGACGCAGACCAGACAGCCUGAGUGGACAAAGAAUGUGGAGUGGACGUUCACUGGCAUCUAUACCUUUGAGUUCGUCGUUAAAGUUUUAGCCCUAGGGUUCUGUUUAGGAAAGUUCACGUUUCUCAGAGAUCCCUGGAACUGGCUGGAUUUCACUGUCAUUGUUAUGGCGUAUGUAACAGAGUUUGUGGACCUGGGCAAUUUAUCAGUUCUUCGCACGUUCAGAGUGCUCAGAGCUCUCAAAGCUAUUUCAGUUAUCCCAGGCCUGAAGACCAUUGUUGGUGCGUUGUUCCAGUCAGUGAAGAAGCUUUCCGACGUGAUGAUCCUUACUGUCUUCUGCUUGAGCGUCUUCGCCCUCAUAGGGUUGCAGUUGUUCAUGGGUCUCUUAAAGCAAAAGUGUGUCCGGAUUUACUUAAACGACACAUUGGACAACUCGACAGAACCGUACAACAUGACAGCUCACCUGAAUAAUGCCAGUAAUUAUUAUUACCUUUCUGGCAAGAGAGAUCCACUGCUUUGUGGAACUGGCAGUGAAGCUGGGCAGUGUCCGGAGGGUUACAACUGCCUGAAAGUGGGAGAGAACCCAGACUAUGGCUACACCAGUUUUGACUCUUUUGGUUGGGCCUUCCUCUCACUGUUCAGACUGAUGACACAAGACUACUGGGAAAACCUUUAUCAACAGACUCUGCGUGCAUCAGGGAAGCCCUACAUGAUGUUUUUUGUGCUGGUGAUAUUCCUCGGCUCCUUCUACCUGAUCAACCUGAUCUUGGCUGUAGUGGCCAUGGCCUAUGAGGAGCAGAGCCAGGCCACCAUCAAGGAGGCCAAGGAGAAGGAGGAGGAGUACAAGGCCAUGAUGGAGCAGCUGAAACAGCAGCAGGACGUUCAGGCAGCAGCAAUCCUAGCUUCUGCUGAGACCGGGGAGGUCAGCGACAAAGCUGACGGCACUGCGAGCUCCUCCGAUUUAUCCAAGCUCAGUUCCAAAAGUGCCAAAGAGAGACGCAACAGGCGGAAGAAAAGAAAGGAGGAGGAGGGCAAAGACGACGAAGAGAAACUUCCUAAGUCGGAGUCGCAGGACAGUAUAAAGAAGGGUCGCUGCCGUUUCUCCGUGGAGGCAAACCUGCUCGACUAUGAUAUGAAGUGUUCGUCCGCACAUCAGUCCUUUCUGAGUUUCCGUGGACCCCUCUUCUCACCCAGACGGAACAGCAGGACCAGCAUUUUCAGUUUCCGAAGCCAAGCGCAGGACGUGAGCUCCGAGAACGAGUUUGCCGAUGACGAGAGCAGUAUUUUUGAGGACGACCUUAGUCAAAGAGGCUCUUUAUUCCUUCCGCGGAGGUUUGAUCGGCGCAGCAGCAGUAUGAGUCAAUGCAGCUACUUGUCGCAUCGCCUCUUUCCACCCAGCGGGAUCAAGCGCAGCUCAGUAGACUGCAACGGGGUGGUGACUCUAGUGGGCGGGAAUUCUCUCCCGUCUUCACCUGUUGCGCUUCGUCUGCCUAAAGUGACACUAGAUACAGCCCCCGACGCAAACGCUGACACCACUGACACAGGGUACAUCCAGGCCACCAGGGGACCAAACCAGGACUUUAUUGACUUCCCAGACGGCCCAGAGGCCAGACAGAGAGCCCAUAGUACAGUCAGUGUCAUAACCAGCACCAUGGAGGAGCUUGAAGAGUCCAGGCAGAAGUGUCCUCCUUGCUGGUACAAAUUUGCCAACAUCUUCCUCAUCUGGGAAUGUUGUCCAUUCUGGCUAGAGAUCAAGAAGUUGGUUAAAUUAAUUGUCAUGGACCCAUUUGUAGACCUUGCCAUCACCAUCUGCAUUGUACUCAACACAUUGUUUAUGGCCAUGGAGCAUUAUCCAAUGUCCGAUGAGUUUUCCGAUAUGCUGAUUGUGGGCAACAAGGUAUUCACCGGUAUCUUCACUGCGGAAAUGGUCGUCAAGAUCAUUGCGUUGGACCCAUACAAUUACUUUCAGAAAGGGUGGAAUAUCUUUGACGGAAUUAUUGUCACUGCAAGCUUGCUGGAGGUGUGUUUGGCAAAUGUGGUUGGCAUGUCGGUUCUGAGGUCCUUCAGACUGCUGAGAGUGUUCAAGUUGGCUAAAUCAUGGCCCACUCUCAACAAACUGAUUAAAAUAAUUGGUAACUCAGUGGGGGCACUGGGCAACCUGACCCUUGUACUGGCCAUUAUCGUCUUCAUCUUUGCCGUGGUGGGCAUGCAGCUGUUUGGAAAAAGCUACAAGGACUGUGUGUGUAAAAUCUCUACUGACUGCACUCUGCCCCGUUGGCACAUGAACGACUUCUUCCAUUCAUUCCUCAUUGUGUUCCGAGUGCUUUGUGGAGAGUGGAUAGAGACCAUGUGGGACUGUAUGGAGGUGGCUGGGAAGACCAAGUGCUUGGUUGUCUACAUGAUGGUCAUGGUUAUUGGAAACCUGGUGGUGUUGAAUCUGUUCCUGGCUCUGCUGCUGAGCUCAUUCAGUGCCGACAACCUGGCAGCACAGGAAGUUGUCGGCGAGGUCAACAAUUUGCAGAUUGCAAUUGAUCGGAUUCACAGGGGCAUAGCCUUCGCCAAGUCCAUGCUCCAGAGCAGCUGCAACAGCAUCUGUCUCAGGGAUAAGAAGAAAGCAAAGAGUGAAGACAAAUCUCUGGAUGAGCUCAACAAACCUAUGGGGCCGAACGGCGUCCCCAACCACACCAUCAAAGACUUCCCUAAGAAUGGCAACGGGGACGUGACCGGGGUGGACAAAAAUGGAGACAAGUACAUCGUCAGCAGCAGGAGCGAUGAUUCUAUAAUGUCUUUCAUCAACAAUCCUAGUCUGACCGUCACUGUCCCCAUCGCUGUGGGCGAGUCUGACUUUGAAUACCUCAACACGGAGGACAUCAGCACUGCCUCGUCUGAACCGGCAGGAUGCCCUGUGAUUGUAGAGGACGACGGGCAGCUCAGCACCUCCGAGGGCAGCACCGUGGACGGUUUUGGGGCUGGGGAGGGAGAGUGUCUUGACUCCGACCUACAGGAAUGUAUGGAUCCUGAUGGCUGCUUUCCUGAAGUCUGUGUGAAGAGGUUCAAGUGUUGUCAGGUGAAAGUAGACGUGGGCUGGUGGAAGGUGUGGUGGACGCUAAGAAAGACCUGUUAUCGGAUAGUGGAGCACAACUGGUUCGAGAGCUUCAUCAUCUUCAUGAUCCUGCUCAGCAGUGGAGCUCUGGCGUUUGAAGAUGUCUACAUUGAGAAGAAGAAGACCAUUAAAACCAUGUUGGAGUUUGCAGACAAAAUCUUCACCUACAUCUUCAUUCUUGAGAUGCUGUUGAAGUGGGUGGCAUAUGGCUUUGCCAAAUACUUCACCAAUGCCUGGUGCUGGCUGGACUUCCUCAUUGUUGACGUGUCACUGGUCAGCAUGGUGGCCAACCUCAUGGGAUAUUCUGAAUUCGGUGCCAUUAAGUCUCUGAGAACCCUGCGAGCAUUGAGGCCCCUGAGAGCCUUGUCACGAUUCGAGGGCAUGCGGGUGGUGGUCAAUGCCCUGCUGGGAGCCAUCCCUUCCAUCUUCAACGUGCUGCUCGUAUGUCUCAUAUUUUGGCUCAUCUUCAGCAUCAUGGGAGUCAACCUGUUUGCGGGGAAGUACUACCAUUGUGUCAACAGAACCUCGAAUAAGCGUUUCCCUUCAUCGAUUGUGAAUAACCAGUCACAAUGUGAGGCCCUCCUCAAAGUGGCUCGCUGGAAGAAUGUCAAAAUCAACUUUGACAAUGUUGGUAUGGGUUACCUCGCACUGCUGCAAGUAGCUACAUUUAAGGGCUGGAUGGAUAUCAUGUUUGCUGCUGUGGACUCUCGAUCCAAGGCAGGGGAUCAACCUGAGUAUGAGAACAGCAUGAUUAUGUACCUGUACUUUGUUGUCUUCAUCAUCUUUGGAGCCUUCUUCGCACUCAAUCUCUUCAUUGGUGUCAUCAUAGACAAUUUCAAUCAGCAAAAGAAAAAGUUUGGAGGUCAGGACAUCUUCAUGACUGAAGAACAGAAGAAAUACUACAAUGCCAUGAAAAAGCUGGGCUCAAAGAAACCACAAAAGCCUAUUCCUAGACCAUCGAGCAAGAUUCAAGGAUACGUCUUUGACUUCACCACAAAACAAGCUUUCGAUAUUGUAAUAAUGGUUCUAAUAUCGCUCAAUAUGGUCACCAUGAUGGUGGAAACCGAGGACCAGUCAGAGGAAAAGAAAAUCGUUCUCGGAAAAAUUAAUAUUGUCUUCAUUUGCAUCUUCAGUGGAGAAUGUUUGUUGAAGAUGAUCUCUCUCCGACAUUACUUUUUCACAAAUGGUUGGAAUAUAUUUGAUUUCAUCGUGGUCAUCCUUUCAAUCAUUGGUUGCUUCCUCACCGAUAUUAUAGAGAAGUAUUUUGUUUCGCCAACCUUGUUCAGAGUCAUCCGGUUGGCUCGCAUUGGGCGUGUCCUCCGCCUUAUUAAAAGCGCCAAAGGAAUCCGCACACUCUUGUUUGCCUUGAUGAUGUCACUUCCUGCCUUGUUCAACAUCGGUCUCCUGCUCUUCCUGGUGAUGUUUAUCUACGCCAUCUUCGGCAUGUCGAACUUUGCUUACGUCAAGAGAGAGUCAGGCAUUGACGACCUUUUCAAUUUUGAGACGUUUGGAAACAGCAUGAUCUGCCUGUUCCAGAUCACCACGUCAGCGGGGUGGGACGGCCUACUCGCUCCCAUGCUCAACAAAAACGAGGAUUGUAAUGCAACCAUGGAGCAUCCUGGCAGCAAUGUUAAAGGAAACUGCGGAAAGCCUGCUGUGGGGAUUACUUUCUUCGUGAGCUACAUCAUAAUCUGUUUCUUGAUUGUGGUGAACAUGUACAUUGCUGUCAUCCUGGAAAACUUCGGCGUGGCCACCGAGGAGAGUACGGACCCACUGAGCGAGGAUGAUUUUGAAAUGUUCUAUGAGGUGUGGGAAAGGUUCGAUCCUCAUGUGUCACAAUUCAUGGAGUACAGGAUGCUGUCCGACUUUGCCGACGACCUGGACCCGCCGUUGCGCAUAGCCAAGCCUAACAAGCUCGAGCUCAUGUCCAUGGAUCUACCCAUGGUGAGCGGCGAACGCAUCCACUGCCUGGACAUCCUGUUUGCAUUCACAAAACGUGUUCUCGGUGAGGGUGGGGAGAUGGAUAUCCUGAGGGGGCAGAUGGAGGAGCGCUUCAUGGCCUCCAAUCCCUCCAAAGUGUCCUACGAACCCAUCACCACCACGCUCCGCCGCAAGCACGAGGAAGUGUCUGCCGUCGUCAUCCAGCGAGCGUACAGACUGUAUGCAAAGAACAAUCCUGCCAGUAAGCCCUCUGACGCACCCGGUGAUGACAUUCAAAAGAGUGACACGCUCAUUGACAAUGAGGAGGUCAUCACAGACGAACUGAAAAGAAAAUCUAGCACUGAUAAAGGCGAACUAGCCCCGUCGUCUGCCUCUCAACUGUCGUGCGACGGCGUGACGACAAACGGGAACAACAAAUAUGAAAAGGACAAAAGUGAAAAGGAGGUGGAAGGCAAAGAUGUCCAAGAGCAAGAUAAAUGAGUAUUGGAGAUGCAACACAGACAUUUUUGAUUAACAAUAAAAAGGUUUACAACAUUUGAAAGUGGCUGAGACAUUCGCUGGACUCUUUUCCUCCGUAUAGAUAUCUAUGCCACACUGACCACGCUUCCUUGAGGGUUUUGGUGCCUAUAAAUGGAAAGUUGCUCAUGCAGUGGGACUGUUUUGGCUUCAGGAGCCAUAAUGACUUUUUGAA